UUUGCCCUAGGCCUGCGCUGGAGGCGACCGAGGCCUCUGGAACGCUCCUUUGCCUUUUCACAUCCUUAUUGGGCAUUUUUAAAUAAGAGAUACCAUAAGGGGAAAUGUAAUGUUGACGUGGAUUUUGAACGGCAUAUAUACAAGCCCUGGUCCUUGGCUGCCGGACGCGUCACAUUUCCCUGGUUGGGAGGGGGUGGUGGUGGCAGAGGCAGGACGGUCCAGGGUGGGUGCCCCCUGCAAAGGGGCUCCUGGGCUCCGGGCCCUUCCUUGCAGGCUGUGUUGGCUCCUGAAAGAGCUCAGACUGGACAGCGCUCGGCUCUGAUGGAGGCCACCAUUGUUCCCGUCACCUAGCAACCUUGCCCUCAUCAUCACCCAACAUCUCCUUUGGAUAUUGGCUUCCCGUUGCCAUGGAGAAGAGGGGAUCGGAGACUGCCCACCCCGGCUAGCCUUGCAAUGCGAAGCUGAGAAACUGGGGAAAGGACCGCCUGUUUCAAGGAAGAGAGGUUGGCUUGUGGUUGGAAACCAGGAAGUGAUCUGCCUGCUUGAAGACUUCUGGAAUCUGUGAGCUGAUCAUGGCCGCCAGGGCUCAGACUCUUGACCUGGUGCCAUGGCCUCCAGAUGAGAAUCCCAUUUACGCCUCUCCGGCCGUCCUGAUUCCACUGGAGCCCAGGAGGGUCAUGUUGGCCGGAGUGAAGGACCACCUCUACCACCCCUUCUUGCCGACAUUAAGGCGAAUGGAUAUGGACACCGUGGCCAACAAGCUGACUGAUGAGCACUCCAGAACAGCCACCUACUGUUCCAAAGAGCAUUUUGAAGACGCCACGUUCACCUUAGCCGGAGUGCCGAACCAGCGCUUUCCAUCCCUGGGGAUGACAGAGUUGGGAAGGUCCCUGAGGGCCAAGCACCGAGGCGGGAAGAUGGCGCCCCUCCUGCCCAGCACCAACCAAGAGGAGUGGCCCAGCUACACGAGGGCCAUGGACGACUGGUCCCGCUUCGUCUCCAUGGCGGGAGAGUUCAAGCUGCCCAGUUUCAGCAAUAAAGUUCUUGGCUUCAGCGGCUAUGCAGUGAGGUACCUGAAACCUGACGUCACACAGACCUGGCGAUAUUGCCUCAAUCAAAACCCCAGCCUGGACAUAUAUGGACCCCGGCCCAUCCCUUACAAUACCGUCAACACCUACAGGAGCUUCGGAUCAGCGCACAGCCGCUCUCACUACCUCCAGCCCUGGUGCUAGGAAGGAGCCCCCCACCCAACCCCCCAAAAGACACUCCAGCAGCCAUACCACAGAAGAUCCUCUCCUUCAGAUGUUCAAUGGCCGUAAAGAAUAAAGGCUGUCACCCUCCUUGGCAAAGGAGGAGAGGAGAAGGCA